AUGUAUGUUACGACUACUGAAAAAGGUGCUCAAGAAGAACAUCAUUGGAAACUAAAUUUUGAUGGGGCUUUAAACGCUGUAGGUAAUAGAAUCGGGGUAGUCCUAGUAUCUCCAAACGGAGAUCAUUAUCCAUUUACUAAUAAAUUGGAUUUUGAUUGCACGAACAAUAUGGUAGAAUGCGAAGCAUGCAUCAUGGGUAUCCAUGUAGCCAUAGAACACAAGAUUAAAGUACUAGAGGUAUAUGGAGACUCUGCACUAGUAAUCUAUCAACUCAAAGGUGAACGGGAAACAAGAGAUCCUAAGUUGAUCGAGUAUAGAAGGCUGGUCCUAGAGUUAAUUAAAGAGUUUGAUGACAUCACCUUUUGCUACCUUCAACGAGAUAAAAAUCAGAUGGUCGAUGCCCUAGCUACUUUAGCUUCCAUGAUUAAAAUGAACAAACAAGAUGAUGUAAAACCUAUCCAGAUGAGUAUUUAUGAAGCUCUGACCCAUUGUUACAACAUCGAGAAAGAGGAAAAAAAUGAUCACACUUGGUACCACGAUAUACUGCGAUAUGUAAAUAAUAGUGAAUACCCUGAUGAGGCGACCAAGAAUGAUAAAAGGAUGUUGAGAAGAUUGGUCAAUGACUAUGUCUUAGAUAGGGAGAUCUUGUAUAAAAGAAGAAAGGAUCAUGUGCUACUAAGAUUUGUGGACGCCAUUGAGGCUAAAAAGAUUUUGGAAGAAGUCCAUGAGGGCGUUUGCGGAAUGCAUGCUAAUGCUUUCAAUGGGCAUCGGUUCAUCUUCAUAGUUAUUGAUUACUUCACCAAGUGGGUCGAGGCCACUUCAUAUACCAAUGUUACAAAGUUAGCAGUCAAAAAAUUCUUGAAGAAAGAGACUAUAUGUCGGUAUGAAAUGCCAGAAAGGAUCAUAUCUGACAAUGCAUUAAAUUUGAACAACAACACGAUAUCAGAAGUCUACAGUCAGUUCAAGAUCAAACACCACAACUCGUCACUGUAUCGCCUAAAAAUGAAUGGUACGGUGGAAGCAGCCAAUAAGAAUAUUAAGAAAAUCAUGGGGAAAAUGAUUGAGACUUAUAAAGAUUGGCAUGAGAAAUUACCAUUUGCUCUUUAUGUUUAUCGAACAUCUGUUAAGACCUCCACCGGGGCAACGCCUUUCUCAUUGGUUUAUGGAAUAGAGGUGGUUCUGCCCAUUGAAGUCGAGAUUCCUUCUUUCCAAGUUUUAUCAAAGCUGAAGUUAGAUGAAGCAGAAUGGAUCUAA